CUGGGAAACAGUCUCUUACCCUUUUCUUUUUUUUUUAAACCAAUUUAUCAGAUUCCUCUCUUGCUUCGCCCUUCUCACCUCCUCCAUGCCACCAAAACGAGCAAAGACUGUGAACGGAGCAGUUACGACUACCAAGCGCAUCAAGGGCAACCCAAGCUCACCCAGUGACUCUGAUUCUGAAGUAGCGACAAAAGAACAAAAGAAGACAACAGAUUUAUGGACCUUACCCAAACAGAAUGGACUGGACCAGGAAGACGAACUUGUGAUUCCUAAACGAUAUAGGACUCAAAAACAACAACCUAUGCCUAAAAAGAAAGCCUCAGCUUUGUCUUCAACAACUAAAGCUACAUCUAUAACGACAACUACAGCAGCAGCAACACCAAAGUUUCAGGACUCCUAUACCAAACCGCAACAACAGCCACAAGCAACAUCUGUCUUGAGAAACGCAAAGUCUAUCAGCUCUUUAGAAAAUCAAGAAAACCAAAUUUUAACAACAAAUAGUGCUGAGAAAACCAUUGCAAAACCAAAAGACAAUGGAGUAGGAAAGAUACCCAUCAAAACUGGAUUGUCCAUGUCGUAUGAACAGCUUGAAGCUGCUUAUCAUGAGCUCAAUACAAAGUACAAACGUCUGAAACAACUCAAGGAAACCGAUGCAGAAAAGAAUUUGGAAGAUUAUCGUGCAAAACUCGAGGAAGCAAACUGUAGUGCUGAGAACUAUCGUACCCGGAUUGAACCACAGCUGGAGUCUGCACUCAGGACGCAGGAAAAAUUACGCGACAACAACGAGGUGCUGAAUGCAAAAGUCCGCACUCUUCAACGUCAGCUUCGGGAAUAUGAGGAAAAAAUUAGACAACGUGAGUUAGAGGACAAGGCCAAAGCCAAAACAGCAUCUUUAGAAUCAAUACUUGCUAGCCCUGAAGUGACUCCAACGUCUACUGGUGUUAUGAGCACGAUCAAGAUGUACGAAAAUCUGAGUGGCCUUAAGGUCAUCCCACAAGACAUAUACCCUCUCUCAUCAUCUAGAAAUACACUACCGAAAGUGUGGGAUUGUGAGCAUUCUGGGCCUCACGGAACUUUAUGCUUCACUUUGACCUACGACUAUGAAAAGAAAUGUGUAUCGUAUGAACCACAUCUCGAUGCAACGAGAGAUGAAAAGUUGAUGCAAGUUCUCCCUGAAUAUCUUACGACAGACAUUGAGUUUGAUCAAGAGUUCGAGAGCAAGUUCUUUUGGAGGAUAUUAAACUUCAAUCAUGAAGACUCCAAAGUCUAA